ACUUUAUUACUUUUUUUGUUACCACAAGACCGCCAGAUCAUGAUCUCUUCGAAAAUGACUAAUAAACUUCGGAUUUGGGGCCGAGAAGUUGGUAUUUUAUAAUAUCUUAAUAACACAGAUAAUUAAUCAGCGCGUGACUGAAGCAGAAUAAACCUUUUAAUUUCUGCCGCUUAGCAACUGUAAAAAGAAUCACUUGAUCAUUUUUUUAAGAAAAUAGAUGAUCAAAUCAAUAGGCGCGAAGCGUUUCAGCGCAUUAGGUUUAAAGAAAAAAAGCAACUUAUGGAUCUAGUUAAAUAUUUAACGUUUUCAAUGAUUCUAUUUCUUUUAGGUAUCUGGGGGAUCUUCUUAAAUCGUAAAAAUGUACUUAUAAUGUUAAUGUCAAUAGAAUUAAUGCUGUUGGCAGUUAAUCUUAAUUUUUUAGUCUUUUCUGUCUAUUUAGAUGACAUGAUGGGUCAAUUAUUUGCUUUGUUUAUUUUAACAGUGGCUGCUGCUGAAUCAGCUAUUGGUUUAGCUAUUUUAGUUAUAACUUUUCGAAUACGAGGUACCAUCGCAGUCGAAUUUAGGGCGACCGUGCUAAAGCACCUGCAGUGUACACGCAACUUAUCCAUAACCUGUGAGGGUUGGAAAAAAAAGCAUGUUGUUAGAACCAGUUGUCCAUAACAUGACUGGUAACUCUAAAAUUUAGAAACGAAUUUGCUUAGAGAUGAGCUUAUCACAAAUCAGAGUAUCUUUCGGCCCACUGCGUGCCUAUUGCUUAGAAAGCUACAAAUAGUUAAAAACAAAAAAAAGAAUCUUGCAAGAUAUUUUUUUGCGAAGCAAAACCUUCAAAUCAAUCAAUAUACGAGAAAUCUUACUAUAGUUCAAACUUAGGCAAACUGCUGAACGUUCGAAAAACUCGCGUAGCAAGUUGCAUGUGUUUCGGAUUAUGUGCAAGUUGUAUGUGUUUCGGGGGUUGCUUCGCUGCGCUUGUUUUCUUCGGGGCAUUAUUUUAUUAGGCGCACAUAAUAAAGCAAGCAAAAUUCUAACGCGCGGAGUGUGCUAGCUUGCAAAGCAAGCGUUUUUCAGGUUUGCAAAGCUUGCGUAUAGGAGACCUGGUGGACCUUUACACACACUUAAAGAACUUAUCUUGAUUAAAAGAAUAUCCAUGGAAUUGCGAUUGCUUUAAAGUUACUGCAAACUUCUUUUUUUUAGAAAGAACAUCUUAUGCAAGAAAGUCACGUACUUGACGGUGAUAAAUAACGAUCAGGCGCGCAGUGCAUGACAGAUAACCUUUAUUGGAACAGGGUACUUAAUGACAUCUCCAAGUAAACUAAGUCGUACUGCAGGUACUAACGGUGAGAUCAUUCUUACUUGCUUCGCAAGGUAUCCUUCCUAUCAGGCGGCGCAUUAUUAGAUUAUGCGCGGUACCGCUUGCAAAGCAAGCGAAAGGAGGUUCGAAGAACUUGCCUAGGAGACGCAAACGAAGCCCCCCGUCUACCACCACCACGAGAGAGAUGGGUUAUAAUAAUGAAGUCAGAGGAUUUAUAGUACUGGCCCCGCCUAACGGCGCCUUGUAAAAGGUAAGCAAAAAAAUAAGGGAAGAAAUCUAAUCGUUUUAGCUUAUAGUGAGAAACCUUUGAAACAAUAAGGUGGGCGCCUUCGGCGCUCGUCAGAGUUAAAGUAUGAAGAACUUGAAAAUACUUUGAACAGGAUACUUAUAGGUUUUUUCUUUCUGGGGACCUACUUCGAUAGUGCUAAAUUGCAGCUUUGUCUGUUUUUUAUAGAAAGUUCGAAACUCUGGGGUACAUAGCAGCAACAACGGACUCGAGAACAAACCUCUCUAGUAGACUAGGAGGUCUGAAUACAAUUCAGUAACUUAUCUCUAUUCUAUAAAGCUAUGUACAAUAACGUACUUAAGCUCAAUUGGGAAAAGCUAAAAAAUUUACUGCCCCCAAGUCUACCCCAUAGAAAAUUUUUUUGUCUUAACAGCUCAUAAAGAAAAUGGAAUUACACUAUCAAGUGUUAGAUCUUUGUGCCUAGGCACAAAGAUCUAAAAAUAAAGAUCUUCGAUCAUAGAAAAAAACGAAAGAUUAAUAAGCUAGACUGGUGAGCCGUAUGAUGGGUGACUAUCUUGUACGGUUCGGAGAGCACUAUAAAUAAACCUAAAGACAACUUACGUAGCGCUGUCUGAUCAAAAAAAAGAAAAGCUACCUUCGAGAACCUUUAGGAAUAUUUUUUUGACUCUAUUUAAUUCAAUGAAAGGAUAAUUUUUUUUUUAACGCAGGGAGAGGGUUCGAUUUUACUUUCUUAAUACUCUGACGAGCCUUAGUUUUUACAACUCGGCCACUCU